AUAGUGACGGACACACUACAGCAGGUCUGCAAUUAUCGUAGAUCAGUGUCGUGCGAUAAGCGUGGCUUCGGCGGGUUUCGGGGAUGGGUUCAUUCUAUGCUUGGCGAUGCUUAAGAAGUUCGUUAAUUAGGCGUCGUCAAGCUCACGGAAAGAUGUCAAUUACCAUGCACCGCUUGUAUGGGCGAUAGAAGAGUUCACCAUUUUGCACCCGCCAAAACCAAAUCUCACGCUUCUCGGACGUCCAUCAAAAUGGAAUACAAAACAGAAAUAUUGGACACAAACAGUUCCGAACCGGUUUUAUUCCUUCGAUCUAUCCCGUAUUGCACAACGAGUCUGCUGCACAGUCGAUCGCACCUCAGUAAAGCUUCACUGUCCGUAGAAAGCGAACGUGUGGACGGGGUAUUCGCUUCUACCAUGGCAAUCCUUUUACUUUUCCUGCUAGCAGGUGUGGCCAGGUGUGUAGAAUUUUUGGACAGCGCUCCACCAGACUAUACCACCGGGAAAGGGUUCGCAGACUGUCCGGAUCGUUUUUCGAAAACAUGGAAGAUUCCCGUCAUCGAAGCAUUUGGAGGAGAACGUGCGUAUCAGGGUGAGUUUCAGCAUAUGGCCGCUAUCGGUUGGACCAGAGCUGAUGGGACGAUAGACUAUCUGUGCGGUGGAAGCUUAAUAACCUGGCGGUACAUCUUGACUGCGGCUCACUGUGCUGUCGAUUACAAAAACCUUCCGCCGGAUACGGUUCGCCUGGGAGAUACGGAUCUUGGCAGCACGGACGAUGAUGACGAUGCACAGCAAGUGGGGAUCGCCCGGUUCAUCAAGCAUCCGCAGUAUCGAGAAUCGAAACGGUACUACGAUGUGGCGCUUGUUGAGCUAGCGAAGAACGCCGCCCCAGACGAUCCGGUUUGUGUAGCGUGCGUGUGGCGUGAACCGGAUGCACCGGAUGUUAUUCUGCAAGCGGUGGGUUUCGGUGCGCUAGGAUUUGGGGAAAUGUUAAGCCCGACCUUGCAGAAGGUGCAGCUUCGAACGCUCGAUAAGCCGAGAUGUGCUGAACGUAUACCGAUGAAUCGUCGUCAAAUGCCGGAAGGUUUGCGUGCGGAUCAGCUGUGUGCCAGCAGUGACACGAUGGACACUUGCGAGGGUGAUUCGGGAGGACCGCUUCAAACGGAGCUGCACGAUGUGUUUGGGAAUGUAUAUCCGCUGGUGGUGGGUGUCGUAUCGUUCGGAACUCCAUGCAUAGAGGGCUCAACGGGAGUUUACACAAGGGUCAGCUCGUAUUUGGAUUGGAUAGAGAAGCAGGUCAACCAAUCGCUUAGCUAUAGCAACUGUACUGGAAUUCAACUGUGCGAUCGCAAACAAAAUCGCUCCAUUGUGGCCAAAGCGAAAACGCCAUGGCCAGUUAAUCGCGUUGGACUGCUGUGGAAGAAGGAAGAACGGGACCUGUACCAGUGUGGAGGACUGCUGAUCGAUUACCAGUAUGUACUGACGUCAGCCGAUUGUGUCACGUCCAGCAGAGGUCCUCCCGAGUUCGUUGCGUCGAGCCCAAACAGUGCUCUUGCUUCCGUUGCGGACGUGCAUGUUCAUCCCCAAUACGAACGACAGAGAAGCUCAUCGUACGAUAUAGCUCUUAUUAAGCUUCGUCAAUAUGCAAACCUCGAAGAAACGCAACCCGUAUGUCCGUGGAUGAGGAGCGAAGAGACACAGACCAACCAUCUGCCCCUUCAAGUGGCAGCAUCAAUUUCCCAGAGACGCUUUCUCCUGAACCAAUAUACCAACGAAUCGAGGCAGCUGAUCCAGCAAUCGGUACGACGUGAACCGUGUGCAGUUCAGCAAGAUGGCGAUGCAAACGAUCUGAUCUGCAUCAAGCGUAACAUAUCACUGGUGCCGGAAACGUGUCAGGUUGAUUACGGUGGUCCAGUGAUGCUGGAAGUGGCUAAAAAUAAGUAUCGUGUCCGUGGUGUGCUGUCCCGCCGAACCGAAGGAUGUGGAAGCAAUGUAAUAUUCACCGACAUUACACCCCAUCUGCAGUGGUUGGAAUCGAUCAUGUUUAAGAAUUUAAAUGAAUGGCUCGUAUUUACCAAUUAAUGAGCAAGCACCUACCUACCUCAAUGAUUAUCUCCAAUGAUGGAAGAAGAUGAGCUAGCUUACACGACAUGCAAGUUAUUCGCAGCGAUAGUAAUCAAUCAGUCAAAAUGCUGACAUGGAAUAAAGAUAUCUGCAGAAAGCUGAUCAAGAUUCAGUAUCAUUUUAUGAAUAACCUAAAAUAAAGAUAA